UCACCGGAUCAGUUCUUCAUUUAAACCCCCACUUGAGGGCUCUUCUUGACUCAUGUGGCCACUCUUUCCAAUAUUUAUGGAAUUUUUGUUGGCUUGAAACUUGAAACCUCUCUUAAGUUUGAUAUGUUACUAAUUAGACUCAAACUUCAUUAGAGCUACUUAGUCUGCGACUCAAUCUAAAAUUCAAGUCGUGUUCGAAAUCAGCAGCAACAAUUUCCAAAAGCCUUCCCUUCUUUUUCUCUCAUUCUUGACCAUAUCAGUGUUGAUAAACCAUAAAUCCCUCCACUCUAAAAACAACCUUAAUUUCUUGACCAUAUCAGUGUUUAAAUUUUCAUAAAAAAUGGAUCUUUCUCUAAAACCAAAUAGAAUGGAAACAUCUACUAUAUGGGUUGCAAAAUUCAUGCUUAUGUCAAUUGGGAUUAUCUCAAUUCUUGUUUUGUUAAAAGUUGCAAUAAUCCCAUAUACAUUUGAUCUUGUUCUAUCAACUCUUCCUCAACUUUGGUUCUCAAUAAGAAGAUGGUUAACAGUUCCUUUUCUUUACAUCAUUGUUAACUUCAUCAUCGUCACCAUUGUAGCUUCUUCAAGCUUUUCUGAUCCCAAACAGGCAACCACAACCACCAUUUUAGAAACUACCACUGACCCAAUUGAGUUACAAAACCAAACCAAUGAACCACAUGAAGAAAAAGAGGUUGAAGAAGUUUCAAAAGAACAAGAACAAGAGAAAAGAGUUGUUGAAGUUAAAGACUCUGAAUUGUUCUUCAACAAAUUCAUCACUGACCCAUCACCAGAAGAACAGGAAAAUUGCAGUAAAGACUAUUACUUGACAGAUUCUGAUGAUAAAGUUAAAGAAUUUGGAUUGUUCUGCAACAAAUUCAUCACUGACCCAUCACCAGAAAAAUGCAGAAACGAUUAUACCUUGCCGGAUUCCGGCGAUGAUGACAGUUUAGAAGCGACAUGGAAGGCUAUAAUGGAAGGACAAGAGAAAACAAUGAAGCCACAUCUUCAGAAAAGUGACACUUGGACUGCAAGGAUUGUGAAAGCAGAACCAUUUCGUAACAAUGGUGGUUUUGGUGAUGAUGAUGAUGACCCUGUUGCUUGGGCUCAAAGGGAACUGAAAAAGUCAGAAACUUUCAAUGAUAGAUCAUCAUUGAAAAGAGAAAAAUCAAUAAGUCCUGAGGAAUUGAAUAAAAGGGCUGAAGCAUUUAUUAAGAAGUUUAAUAAUCAAAUGAAGUUGCAGAGACUUGAAUCUUAUCAACGUUUUAUGGAAUUGGUCACAUGAAGUUUAAAAAUGUGAUAUUCUGCAAGGAUAUUAACCAUCUUGGAGAUUUUGUUAUGUAAUUUUUAUAUCUUAGACUUAGACUUUGUGAAGAGGCACGAUGGACUUUUUAUCCCAUGCAAGUUUCUAGUGACAUAGUUAACAUAAGUUAGUCUAUGCUCUUUUUUGUCUUAUAUAUUGCAUAAAAAAUGUUUGUAUUGAUGUAGUUAUCCUAGACAUCACUAUACAUAUAUGAGGAUUAUUUGAAGUUGAAUGUACGGUUUCUACAACCAUAGAUUACUCUAUAUCUAGGCUUUGGCUAACAUGGAAGAU